CCCUGUGCGUUCAAGGAACCUUUCCAUGCUGUCAUUUGGGUGAAGGACCUAGGCUACGGCUCGGCUGUCCUCCGUUACACUGGCCCUUUCCACUGAUGACCCGAUAAAUCCUAAAUCACAAGAAAGAGACAUAGAAGAGGUUUUGAGCAGUCAAGACAACUUUCGAAAAAUUGAACAUCUUGAAUUGACUACCGCUAUUGUGUUCUCCAGAAGUCAUGGGUGUGAAAGUCCUCCAGUGUUUCCCGUUUUACAAACGCUGCAAGGAGCGAUGCAAGGGACGGCAGUGCCCCCCAGAGUCAGUGUCCAGUGAGGAGCUGAAGCCUCGUCUGUCCUCCUCGGCCUCCUGGGGCAGUGAGAGUGACAGCUACAGCCCUGGCUGCUCACAGAUCUACUUCUCCCACAAGGCCCGCCUCUCCUUCCGACACCAGAUGGACAGCAACAUUAACGCGGUGGACGCUACCUACUGAGAACACACACAUGUGUGUGUGUGUGUGUGUGUUGGCUGCACCACUGCCAUUACCAUCACCUUAACUCUCUGCUAAACUCAUCUGAAGCAGAGGACAUGACCUUUCACCUUUCUGACAACAGCAUGCUGGGAAGAGAAGAGGACAGGACAGGACAGGAGAGAAGUGUGGAGGGUGUGGCGAAAAGUCGGUCAUUUUUAGUAAAGUCUGGACGGACCAUGUCGAGAUGAAAACAGACUCCAUCUUGCUCACGCCAUCAGCGACGCCCCGACUGAUAACCAACGGAACACCCACACCUCUGGUUGCUAUGGUUCCCCCAGCUGUCGUUGGAGUCAGGGAGCAGAGAAGAACACAAAUAUAACCUGAUGACAAGACAUAAGUUGAGUGACCUUGAGUAUGUUUACGAAGUCAUUACCGCCAAGUGCAUUACUCUCAGCCUGAACAGUUGUUAUUAUUUUUCUUACACAUAUCCGUAUGAAUACCUGUGUGUGUGUGUGUGUGUGUGUGUGGCUGUGUGUUUGUACAUGUAAGUAGGCAUGAGAGCGAGCGUGGUGUUCAGCAGAUCUGCUUACAAGGCUGUAAUGUUACUGAAAACAGGGAGAGAGCCUAUAUGGGUGUGGAGUGUGGAGUAGAUCUAAACCAAACUCAGUUUGAAUCUAGACACCAGAUCUAAUCCAGAUUCAGUUUGAAUCUAGAAACCAGAUCUAAUCCAGAUUCAGCCGUGCGUUUGGGGAAGUGUCUAUUUUUAAAUGUCCAAGGUGAAAAGCAAGUGCUUAAUUAUUUUUUUAACAAGCGUUUGAGCCACAUAGCUGUGUACUACUGACACAGAGGUAUUGCACAAAUGUUAAUAUUUUUUACGCUUUUAUGAAAUCUGUAACCUCCGCAUGUCGGAGGUUCUCUCCUGCAGGUCUGGGUAGUUAGCAGGGAAACCUCCCAUCAAGGCAUUUUCUCCACCCGCGAUCCGAUACACCCAGACCGAUUUUGAAAGUAAACACAAUGUGGCUCUGGUGAACAGACAAACAGGAAUAUGUUUUGUAUGUGAUGCAAUCUGAUUAGAGAUGACAAAGAGUCGCAUUUUCAAUUAAAUGGGUUUUUUAAGCGUCCAAGAGAGGUAUAUUUUUCAUGUGAUAUUUUUCAUGUUUUCUAUUUUUCUUGAUGUUCAGAACUCAAAAUAAAAUGUCUUGAAAUCAUGA